AUGAACAACGGCAAACAGGACUGUGUCAACGACCCCGAGGCCGGAGCCGCCAGUCGGAUCCUGGUCCAAGGUCCAACCCUUGACCCCAUCUGGUUCCAAGAAAUGGCAACUAUGAGCGAUCCAUGCAUGUCCAUCUUGAACCGUACAUGCCAGCACCCCUGGAACUGCGAUUUCGAGGUACCAAAAUUCCGCUGGGCCUCGUAUAAUGAUCAGUUCGCCUUGAACAACCGACGUUGCUUCUUCCUGAUCGACUUCGGUCAAUCUGGAAAUGAUGAUGUGCCCGUUUUGGCUUACGAGUGA